UUAGAAAAAAGCGAGCAGUGCAAACUAGGCAAAGACGGUGAACGCGCGGAUGCGCCACGGCGUUGCCCUUGCGCCGUGAGAAAUCAAUAACUUAAUACGAAAGUGGAGGAUGACGAAUAGUGUCACGGUCAAUUAACAGCGUUCGCGAUCGUUAAACGAUUUGAGAAUGAUAGUUCCGGGAAAUAUGAUCCUUUCAGUAAAUGUUUCGAUAGAAUCGUAGUACAAGGAUCAGUGAAAUCAAAAAGUCGGAUAUGUCGAUUUUGACAUUUCUGCUAAUAUCGCAAGAUCGAAGAAUGAAAUAGCCAUGAUCGGAGUAGGAAGCGAGGUCGAAGAGAAGCCAUCGGCAGAAAUCUCUUGCAUAUAUUGUAUAAAACGGUGACAGAGCAUCAAAUGGCAACCAUGGAUAUACAAAGAAAGCAUCUCUGUCCACGUUUGGUGGACUACCUCGCUAUCGUGGGAGCCAGAUCGGCUCCGAUCUCUCGUCAGCCUGUACAGGUUCCGGAAUUGUUGCGUAGAUAUCCGGUGGAGGAUCACAAAGAUUUUCCUCUACCUUUGGAUAUGGUAUAUUUUUGUCAACCAGAAGGUUGCAGCAGUGUGGGACCUAAACGUACAGCCUUGCGAGAAGCUACGUCUUUCACUUUCACCCUCACGGAUAAGGAUUCAGGAAAAACACGAUAUGGCAUUUGCGUUAAUUUCUACCGACCUAUAGAAAGGGCUGGGACAAAUGCACGUGGUGGUAUUUCAAUGAGAAGAGACAAAUACAACACCACUUUUAGAAGGGAGAGCUGGAGGAAGAGUAUGGAAAAAAGUACAGAUUCUGCAUUUUCUAGCGACUAUAGAAGCAGUGCGGUGGGUCCUAGUGAUUCUGAGAAAGAUUGCUCUAGUAGCAGAAGAGACUCUGACACGUCCCAUGCGCCUUACGCACCGAGAUUGGGUGUCACAGCACCGAGUGGUGACAGCGAAAGCGGUGGUAGUCAUUCUCCUUCGCCUCGAGCUUCUCGAAGACGGCAGAGGGUUCGAAAUCAUUCCUUAACAUCACUUUGUAUCAUUUCUCAUCAUCCGUUCUUUUCGAUGUUUCGAGAAUGUCUUUUCGUUUUGAAGAAGAUCAUCGAUGCAUGCAACGAUAACUCGACUCCUCAGAAAGUAGGAGCUUCGAGGCAAACUAAUAGAGAUUCAGUGUGGAGUGUUCUUAGUGGUCAAGUUUUGGAAGGGACUCCGUCCAUCGUGUUGCACGAUAUACGGGAGAUCGAAACCUGGAUCCUGAGAUUGUUGAGCAGUCCAGUGCCAGUACCAACGAAAACGCGUGUAGAAAUCGAAAUAGUAUCGUCGACUAUGCAACCUCCACUCUGCUUUGCUCUACCUGAUCAUACAAGAUUUUCUUUGGUUGAUUUUCCUCUACACUUGCCUCUCGAACUUCUUGGCGUUGAAAUAUGUUUGAAAGUUCUCACUCUCAUUUUAUUAGAAAAUAAGAUCGUAUUACAAUCACGAGAUUAUAAUGCUUUGUCGAUGUCGGUGAUGGCAUUUGUCACAAUGAUCUAUCCCUUAGAAUACAUGUUUCCUGCAAUACCAUUGUUACCAACCUGCAUGAGCUGUGCGGAACAACUACUACUUGCCCCAACGCCGUAUAUCAUCGGAAUACCUGCCUCUUUUUUAAUGUAUAAGAAAAAUUUCAAAAUGCCGGAUGAUGUCUGGCUGGUGGAUCUCGAUAGCAAUAAAGUAACUGCGCCUCCUGGUUUGGCCGAUCAAUUACCACCCUUGCCUGAACCGGAAGGUACCAUACUAAAGAACCACCUGAAACAGGCAAUGCAACUGAUGGAUCAAGUUGGCUCUGGUACAAUGGGUAGUAUGUCCGCUUCGCAAGCUAUACCCCCGGACACUUGGUCAUCACGAUUGUCCUCUCAAUCUCCCAGCAGAAGAGAAAGUUCAGCAUCUCAACAUUCUCAAAAUUUAAGCGUGUCGACAAUGAGGCACAGGCCGAGCGUUGAUUAUCAACAUGGUCACGGUCCAGCAAGCUCGUUGGGUAGCAACGCAUCACAGCUACGUCGUCCGUCGUUAACAGCUGCGAUGGCAUCAGCUUCAGCGUCUGGAGGAAGCGGUACGCCUUCUCCUUCAUCAUCGUCACCAGUAACUGGGCCUGGGACCACACCUGGCAGUGGAACGUCCACAACUUCGACUAUGGGUCCACCGUUUAAUCCCUUUAUCUACGGUAACGACGUUGAUUCGGUCGAUAUCGCAACACGAGUGGCUAUGGUCCGCUUCUUCAACUCUCAAAAUCUCUUGGCCAAUUUUACUGAGCAUACACGCACGCUGAGGCUCUACCCAAGACCCGUAGUUGCAUUUCAAAUAAAUUCUUUCCUCCGUUCGAGACCAAGAGCGAGUCAGUUUCUGAACAAAUUUGCGCGCACACAAGCCGUCGAAUUUCUCGCCGAGUGGUCGCUUACACCCAGUAACGUUGCUUUUUUGAGAGUACAAACCGGAGUGUUUGAUCCGGCGCAAAUCGGUGAUAAGUCAAAAUGGUACGCUGCGAAUCUCGAGCCAAUACAUUUCAAAGUUUGGGAUAACUCUAGCUCUUUGGCAAACGCUUUAAAUGCGCUGAAGGAGUUGGAAAGUCAGCCAACUGACGAGAGUGGCUCGGAUUCAGAAGGUGCAGAAAGCACGAGCUCUUCUUAUUCUUCUCUCAGUGAUUUCGUUUCGGAAAUGGCAUCGUCGGAUUUGUCACCGAGCUAUAAUUGUCCUCAAGUCAGUCAACCUCAACAAAUGGCACUUUCGAUUGAUCCAAAGAACAUUUAUAAUCCACCAAGUUCAUUGCAAUAUCCUGGCGUGGAAGAAGAAUCACCGGUGCGUCCCGAAAGUCCACCAAGUACAUCCUCCAGCCAUAGCGAUCUCAGCAGUCCGAGUUUCAACAGAGACUCCGAAUUGGAGUUGAAUCCCAAAGCUCUCGAAACAUCGCAAUCUACCAAUGAUAAAGAGGAAGGUGGUAGUUUUGAGUCAGACUCUGCAUCAACAAUAACUCCACGCACAAUCCUGAGCGCACAAAGUUCAAUAGGCCAGUUUGGAGUGGGCAUGGGGUCAUUAGGUAACUCCUUGCUCAACGACACUGAACGCACUACCACCCCUCACAGGACAUCACGCGUCACUAGAUAUAUGGUUCCUGUGACGCCCAGUGGAACGAGUCUUCAGAGACAACCAAGCGUUGGCAAUGUUUUGGCACGAACGUCCAGCUUUGGGUCUAGCACGAGUCCACUUCUAACACGACAACUCAGUGGUAGUAUGGAUAAUGAGACUCUUGCGGCAUCUCGUCAGCAAGUGACGCCGAGUACUCCGGAUGGACAGAAGAACAAUACUGGUAUGCCAGGAAAUGGUGUCUUGAGACAAGGAUCGCAGGGUUCGUUGUUUGAACAAAUAGCGACUCAAGCAAAGGAUCUCGUACGAGAAACGACCAGACAGAGUAGUCAAGAUGGACUUCUUGCGCAUAUGGAUAAACUGAAGCAUCAAGCAAAGGAGAAGAUAACGGAAGCAGGUGAAGACAGUUUGUUCGCGCCAUUAGAACAGUUUACACAACAAACGAAGAAGGCUGUAGGCGAAGCUACCAAGUCCGUUCAAGAGGCAUCAAAAACAGCUAUCGAAGCUAGCAAGACAGCUGCAGGUGUGAGCAAAAACACUUUUGACGACUUAACGUACAUGGGUAAAAGUACGUUUGGUGAUUUAACAAAGAGUGCUAAGGAGGUCGCAACGAAAAAGGGUUUGCUCAAGGGUCUCGGAGAGUCACAACAAUCUUCACCACCUCAUACUCCUCCAUCUUCUGGUAUAACUCAAAGGAGAGAAUCAUCCAGCACUCAAUUGGUUGCCUCGGAUACUCGUUCCGGACGUAGAGACAUCGGCCGUGAUUUCUUUAGUAACAUUAGUAGCGAUUUAAACGGCAUCGCUGCUCAAACGAGCAGUAUGUUCAGUGAUUUAUUUGGUAACAGAAAUAGUUCUAAUCGGAAUCUUGCGCAAUCACAAAGAUCAAAGGAGAGAACUAGCACAUCAUUUGGACCCUUUCCUAAAGUUUCAGGAAAGACAGGUCUCGUUGAGCGUUCAUCAUUAAUAAAGCAUUCUUCGAUGAAAGCUAAUCAAGAAGAGAUGCAAAGGAUGCAAAAUGCAGAACGAUCCAGUACAAACAGCGACAAUCAAGCCUUCUUAACGGAUGUGGUAACACAAGUUCUGGCUGGUGAAGGCGUCGGUUGGCUCAAAUUGAAUAGAUUGAAGAAACUUAUGGAAGAUGAAAGCUAUCGAGAUUUGGUCGUUACAAAGCUUAAUAAAGGGCUCAAUAGAAAAAUUAGUCCCGAUGAUCAUAUUGACGAUGUGUGCAUCUCUAAACCGGUAUAUAAGGGAAUGCUAAAGUGCCUUCAAGCAGUGGUUCAUGGUCUCGCUCAUACUUAUAGUAAUUUCGGAUUAGGUGGAAUGGCUUCGGUUUUCCAAUUGAUGGAAAUAGCUCAUACUCAUUAUUGGAGUAAGGAUCUAUCCGAAGGAGGUUUCGAUGGUUCACUUUUAUCACAGGCAUCGAGUCCAUUUGGUAGCAAGGAAAAUUUGAAGUCUCCACAAUCUCCGAAUCAAGAAAUACCAUCUCAGGUUCAACUUGAAUUACCCCAGGGGCAACAAACGAGUGACGUUGGGCAAUCGACAACGGACAUGUUUUUGGAUAUGUUCACGAAAAAAAAAAAGUUUUUGUGCAAACUGACGUCAUUCGAUUCUGAGAGUGGGCGGGGAGGUGGAACAGGAAGCAGCGAAGCUUUAUCCACUGACGGAGGUAGCAUUAUCACUAAUCCUGCUUUUCGGCAAUCACAUCAAGCUUCUUUCCGAAGCACUGUGUCUGAUAGCGAGGUCGAACAAGGCAAUUUUCCGCGUCAAGGAAAACAACGUACAGGUAGCGUUUGGUCCAGUAAAUCAUCGUUGAGUACAGGCUUCAGGUACCAUGGUGGAAAUUUGAUAUCUACGACACCAAUGUCUAGUCCUGAAACAGCACGAACUUAUCUCUUCGAAGGUCUUUUGGGUAAAGAAAGAUCCAAUCUUUGGGACCAAAUGCAAUUCUGGGAGGAUGCUUUCCUAGACGCUGUAUCGCAAGAACGAGAUAUGUUGGGUAUGGAUCAGGGUGCAGGAGAGAUGAUGGAGAGGUACAAGAGUUUGAGCGAUAGCGAAAGACGUCGAUUGGAACACGACGAGGAUCGAUUGUUGUGUUCCCUUUUGCACAAUCUCACUGCAAUCUUGGUAAUGUUGAACGUUGAAAAGAACGAGGUGAAACGUAAAGUACGGAGGUUACUGGGAAAAAGUCACAUCGGUUUGAUUUACAGUCAGGAGCUGAAUCAGCUUCUCGAUCAGAUAAACAACCUCCAUGGAAACGAUAUCGAUCUGAAGCCAUUGACCUCUCGACAAAUGCAUCGUCAGUCCUUUACCGUUCAUGCUGGUGUCGAUGCUGAGGGUGAUCUAAGAUUCCUCGAAGUUCGUCAUGAUGGUCUUGUGCUGAGAUCAGUAAACGGAGUUAUCGUUGAACGUUGGUGGUACGAACGACUGGUAAACAUGACCUACAGUCCGAAAAACAAGGUCCUUUGUUUAUGGAGAAGAAACGGUGGUCAAACACAAUUUCAUAAAUAUUACACAAAGAAGUGCAAAGACCUGUACUACUGUAUAAAAGAUGCGAUGGAAAAAGCCGCUGCCCGUGGAAGAGGAGGAAACAUCGGUAUCGAGCUGGGAGGUGAAUUUCCGGUUCAGGACAUGCGUACAGGAGAGGGCGGGCUUCUUCAGGUUUGCAUGGAAGGUGUUGGUCUUCUCUUCGCGAACAGCAAGGAUUUCGAGUUUUUUGUAAGACUCGAUCAUAUCCGCAAGUGCUUUACCCAGAAGGAUGGAAUCUUUGUUCUGGAAGAAUUCAAUCCUAAAACUAGACAAGUAAUCCAACGUAAAUAUAGGUCGCAAAUGGCAGAUCAAAUCUGUUAUGCGGUACUCUGUGUAUUCUCUUAUUUGGCUGCUGGCUUAGAACAACGUAAACAACAUCAGCCUAAUCAGCAAACGCAUCAGCAACAACAACAGCAGCAGCAGCAGGAACAGCAACAGCAACAAUUGCGCCAACAGCAGCAGAAGCAGUUACGUCAACAACAAUUGCAACAGCAGCAACAGCAUUUGCAGCAGCAGCAUCAGCAACUGCGUCAACAGCAGCAGCAACAGCAGCAGCAACAGCAACAGCAACAGCAGCAGCUGCAGUUGCGUCAACAGCAACUGCAACAACAGUUACGUCAGCAACAGCAACAGCAACAGCAACAGCAACAAAGACGGCAGCAGCAACAACAGCAAAUAUCGCCACGGGAUGAAAAUAUCCCUCAAAUCGUACAGGGAAACACGAACACACAAUUUGAACCCUUUCCUCAACAGCACUGACACAAAGGCAGGCACUCUCUCCCAUUCGUGCAUAAUUACAAUAAAUGCGCUCCUUACGCUUGUCUACCUUGGGUAUAAUGAAUUUAAUGUAAAGCAUGAGGUAUCCUUUUCAUUAUUCGACCUUGGAAUAUCCAAUAAAUGUUCGUCGACGUGAUAUUUUCCUACAAGAAAACAAGCAAAGCUUAGAAAUUCUUCAUUUCUUACGCUUUAGCUGCUUUGUUCUUGACUCGUUCGACACUUCCAUUAUAACAUGUGAUAUAUGUAAUCAAUAUAACAAAACAAAGUGCACUGAAGAAAGAAAUAGAGAGAGAGAGAGAGAGAGAGAGAAAUAAAGAAAGAAAAAUGAAGAUUGUAAACAUACAGACAUAUGCACAGAACACACGUAUUUGUAUUAUACAUUACAGCCGUGUAUAGAAAGUGUAUAUUUUUUUCAAUAUAUAUAUAUAUAUAUAUAUAUAUAUAUAUAUAUAUAUAUAUAUAUAUAUAUAUAUAUAUAUAUAUCAUGAGAGUAUAUUCAGAGAAAAAGAGAGAGAGAGAAAAAAAACAGAGAAUAUUACAAGAGAGAUCAUAAUUUUGAAGAAAUAUAAUCUGUACGUACCUAUAGAUAUUACAUGCACGAAUCCGACAGGAUUAAAAAAAGAAAACGACCGAUCAAGAAUAGCCGUUCAAUCCAUAGUAAGCAGAGAUAUUGUAUACGAAUGUGAAAAAAGUUUAUUGCAUUUCAUAUUUUAGCUAUCUCUCGUUACAUUCUGGAGAAAAUAAAGAAAAGAAAAAGAAAAAAAAAGGAAGAAAGACAAAUCACCCAAUGACUAUUUUAGAGGUUCCUAUUAAAACAGCGAUUAAUAACUAGUUGAACGAGAUGUUAAGCAAGAAUAUCGUAAUGCUAAAUAAGUAAUCAAAUGUAAUAAUAUUGACACGUAUGAAAUACGUGAACAGAAUUGUUUUGCCUUCCUCAGGUCUCAUGAUCGAUCGUCUAAUCGUAAAACUUCGUAACAUAUCAAAGAAAACUUUCGUUCGUCUAUUUUUGUCUUUUUUAAAUAGAUAGAGAUUUCGUUGCAGCAAACACGCUUAUUUGACAAUAACGAUUAUUGAACAGUGAAAGUUGGCCUAUAAACAAAGUAGACUUUUUUAAAUGUCUACGAUAUUUUUAGGAUAUAUUUCCAAAAUAUUCCGUAUAUUUUUCUCGAUGAUGUCGAUGCCAAAGAAAUUUGUACAGUAAAAUCAUAUUAAUUUUCUUCUUUUAUUAUCGGCGCGUUCUUUAUUGUCCUUUCAUUGAUUAAUCUCACUUUCUAUUUCGACAUUAGAACGAUAAAGAUGAGCCUGUUCUUGGCGAGUGUGAGGAGCACCUACACUAUUACCUGUUAUUAUGACAAGAUAAGCAAUAUACGGAAGCUUCUGUUGUAUUUUAGUUAACGCACGUGUAUUAAAAAUUAUUAAAAAAGAAAAAAAGGAAAAAAAAAAAGAAAAAAAAGCAAGCAGAAUAUAGAAAACUCUUUGUAAAUAUGUAUCUACGGACUACAAAAUUAAGAGCUGACACGAAUAUAUUAUAGUAUUGUGACUUGAACUGUGGAAACAAUAAAAUUGGAAGUAGAAGAA